CAUGAUUAUGUGUCUGUUUGUUAAGUGCAUUAGCCCCAGUUAUAAAUAAUUAAAUCUCCACAAAAUAAGAAUAAAAAACAAAAAGAAAAAACAUAUUGAGAAAAGAGAAAGGAUCAAAAGGUUAAGUAUUAGUUCUUGAAUAUUUCAUUAUGAACAUUCUUGCAGACAACUACAAAUUGAUAACACUACGAUCCGAUAAUAAGUGAUGAAUCAUGAGAACCAUAUGGGAAGGGAAGUUAAUUAACAUGGAUAAUUCAUUCAUCUGUUAUCAUACAUUAUUGUGAAAUUAAUAUUUUUUUGACUCCAACUUCUAUCCAUUUUUCACACAUUCCGUGUAGAAACAAAUCAGUACUUUGCCUGCCUUCAAUUAUAUACCGACUAGCUAGCAUUUUAACAUUUACCCAAAAUAUUGCUUCUGAUGAAUUGGUUGUUUAUUGAAUUAGCUAGACGAAAGACUUCUAGUGUAGGAAAUUUGUCUCUUAGCAACAAACAGAAAAUUGAGAAUUCGUAAACGAGAUGAUGAAUAUCAAUUCUGGCAAAUUAUUCUAGUAUAAAUGAAUGUGAGCAUGCUUUAGCCAAAUAUCACCACAAACCACAAACAUAAAACAAAGGGUCUGAAGAAUAUGGCUGCUAGAUUAGCUAAGUUAAUCCUAGUCUUCUACGUCCUUUUUGGGUUACAUUUGGUCAGCAAAUUCAAUGGAAGCGCUGCUGAUGAUCAUUUGGAUGAAGAAAGGCAGAUUUAUAUUGUUUACAUGGGAUCCCUUCCCGAAAACAAGGAAUAUUCGCCUUCAUCACACCAUCUCAGCAUACUUGAAGAAGUUAUAAACAGCCGGUAUAUUAUGUAUUAUUAACCCACGAUUGCAUAAGUGUCAAUCUAGCUCAUAGUUAUUUUUUUUUUUCUUUCUGUUCCAUUGUCAUUUUUAUGGCAUUUUGUUUGAUGGAAGGUUUGCGGAGGAAUCCUUAAUAAGAAGCUACAAAAGGAGUUUCAACGGAUUUGCUGCAUAUCUCACAGAGGAAGAGAGUGGGAAAAUGGCUGAGCGGGGUGAUGUGGUUGGGGUGUUUCCAAGUCAAGAGCGGAAACUUCAUACCACAGCUUCUUGGGACUUCAUGAAGUUUGAAGGGGAGGUGGACUGGAAUCCCGACAUCGAAAGUAAAACCAUUAUUGGAGUCAUUGACACCGGAAUCUGGCCGGAGUCGAAGAGUUUCGAUGACAAUGGUUUUGGUCCUGUGCCCAAAUCCUGGAAAGGAGCUUGCGAAGGCGGCUAUAAUUUCAGUUGCACCAAGAAAAUUAUUGGAGCGCGCUAUUACCUUAGCGACGAAGGAGAAGAAGGUUCUGCGAGAGACUACAAUGGCCAUGGAACCCAUACUGCCUCUACAGCAGCUGGAAAUCAGGUCGUAGACGCGAGCUUUUAUGGAAUUGGAAAAGGUAUAGCCAGAGGAGCGGUUCCAUUAGCUAGACUAGCUGUCUACAAAGUUUGUGGAUCAAUUUGUAGGGAUGAUGGAAUCCUGCCGGCGUUUGAUGACGCCAUUGCUGACAGUGUAAACAUCAUCACGAUAUCGAUCGGAGCGGAUUUUCCAAUUGACAUAACAAAGGAUACUAUAGCCAUUGGGUCAUUUCACGCGAUCGAACAAGGCAUUCUCACAGUCCAUUCGGCCGGUAACACCGGGGGUGUUCCAGGAGCAGUUUCGAGUGUUGCGCCGUGGUUGUUCACGGUUGCUGCGAGCACCAUGACUCGCAAAUUUGUCGCGCCAGUUGUCCUUGGAAACGGAAAGACAUUGAAUGGCAAUGGAGUCAACGCUUUUACGUUGAAGAAUGGGACGACUCAACUUCCACUUGUGUAUGGACAGCAAGCUUCGACAAGAUGUUCAGCCUUCGAAGCAGAGAGGUGUUUUAGUUGGUGCCUCGACAGAGAUCUUGUGGAGGGAAAGAUUGUCGUUUGUAACAACAAUAUCAGCCUAUUCACUGUUCUCGAAGUUAAUAGAACCGGCGGCGUUGGUGCAAUAAUAGUCGAUGAUGAGCCUCAAGUUGCUUCCGUUACCAAUUUUCCAUACUCACGUCUUAGUCUUCGGGAGUUCCAAGAGGUUGUUGACUAUAUCAAGUCCACUAAAACACCCACAGGGAACUUGUUAAAAACUAAAGCUAUAGAAGAUGGUAGUGCCCCAAAUGUUGCUUUUUUCUCCUCCAGAGGGCCCAAUAAACAUUUCCCAGACAUUCUCAAGCCAGAUAUUACUGCUCCCGGAGUUGAAAUCCUGGCAGCUUUUUCGCCGGCUGGAAACCCUUCCGACACUCGGGCUGAUGACAGGUCCGUGGACUACUCUAUAUUAGAUGGAACAUCAAUUUCAUGUCCUCAUGUCACUGGCGCAGCUGCUUACGUGAAAUCAAUAAACCCCAACUUGUCUCCAUCCGCGAUCAAAUCCGCUUUAAUGACUACAGCUUUUGCGAUGGACAAAACCGACUCGUACUAUGGGGAUUCCGAAUUCGGAUACGGAGCAGGACAUCUAAAUCCUAGGAAAGCUCCAUAUCCAGGACUUGUGUACGAGAUAUUACCUACAGACUACGUCAAGUGGAUUUGUGGCAAGAAUUUCUCUACGGAAUUGAACAUCAGCUGCGCCGGAGUGGUUCCGAUCCAAGACGAAGACCUUAAUUAUCCCACAAUGAGUGCCAAAGUUGUGAAAGGCCAGCGUUGUAAAGUCACAUUCCGGAGAACUGUUAUGAAUGUCGGUCAAGCCAACUCAAGUUACAAGGUCAUAAUCCCACUAUUCUCUCCGCUGGAUACUACUGUGGUUCCGUACAUUUUAUCUUUCAAAGCGCGCUAUGAGAAAAAGUCAUUCAUGGUGAUUGUUGAAGGUACCGAGUUUGAAGGGUUCACUUCUUCUUCAAUUGAGUGGUUUGAUGGCAACCAUCAUGUGAGAAGUCCAAUUGUUAUAUUCACAGAUUAAUCCAUUGGUACCAUUUCAGGGUUCAAGAGUUAUGUGUUUCAAAUAAUGAAUUAUAAUUUGCUUGAUCAAUAAAGUUGUAUACUUACGAGGUUCCUUAUUUACAAGAAUUACAAUUGAAGGGUGCAUUUAAUUAGUGUGGAAGAUGUCUUUCUUCUUUUUCUCCUUCUCUUGCUUCAAAAUCAAUUUCUUUGUAUAAAGGAGCUAGCUGUUGUGUUUAAUUAUCGAUAAUGGAGAAGGGAAAUUUUCACUCUGUUCUUCUGCUGCUAAUCUAUUAAUUAACUAUAGCUUGCGGCUUCACAUGGAC